AUGAAGAAAUUAACCUCGCCUUUCUCAUUAAAUUCCAAGAGUCCCCAGAGUACAGUGCGAAGAAGUGUUUUGCUGCUCUUCCAGAAGAGGUGGUGGCAGACUGGGGAGCGAUAUGCAAAUGAUCGUGCUGGGUUUAAGGUUGAUGCCUCCGAGGGACUCCUGCGAGCGUACGGCGCCUCGCUUGUUGGAAGAACCACAGCAUUCCUAGAGAUUUGGGAGCGGAAGGGAAAAUCUGGCAGUGCUGGUCUUCGGGGAGAGCACAUACCCUUCUACAACUCCGCGGAACCCGAAAAUACCCCGCCGAGCCUCAUGCUUGGUUUCGACGAGUUCGGCAUACCAAUAGAAUAUAUCAAAAGGAGGAUCUUUUUUUAUAAUAUAGAAGAACUUCGAGGGCAAAAGAUCGAUAUGGCCUGGAGUGACUGGGCUCAACAGGUGAACAAUGCCAGGAAGAAGCUAGCAUGGAAUCGUUUUGGCACCAUUCUGUAUACCUACGCAACCACACCAAAGGACACGAAAACCUCGCGAGGAAAAUAA